AUGGCCAGAAUACUCGAGAACGCGGCCGCCUUCCAGUGGUACUGUGACCAGGGCAGCUCCGCUACCAUGAACCUCCCCCCUUGGGCCCUCCCAACGUCAGAGGACGGCGCCUACACCCUGUACGUCUGUGAGACCUUUUGCCGCGUCCCUGGCUGCCCUAAGGAAGCUCCUGAGACUAGCACCAAUAACCUCCGCAAGCAUUACAAGAAGUUCUAUUUGACUAGCUACCCACUAGUUAGUGGUGGUGGCCGCCGCACCUUGCUUACCGAGAGAGAGGCUCUCCGUGACUUCUAUCAACCUACCUUUGACGCAUACAAUGCUCAGCAAGCUGUGAUCGCCGCUACCCAGCCCGUUGUCUUGCCCCUAAUUCCCCUCCGUCGUGAUGGCCACAUUGCUGUGACCGAAAUGAUCCGCCAGCUUCGUCAGGAUCUAGGAAAGGCAGUUCCCUGUGUCCCAUGCCGUGAUGCUAGUAUGACUAAAGGAUGCUGCCACACUACCCGUUUCGGAUCUUGCGAGCACUUCGACGAGUUCGAUAUCUCCGCCUGGACCCACCGUCCUAAGGAUGACGAGGAUGAAGAGUAG